UAUCUACUCUGUAAUUUUAAUUAGUAAAGUUCAGUCAAAUCUAGUUUUAAAAACGACAUUAGCGAGCUCGAAAAUAUAUCUACAGACUGGUGUUAAAUGUAAUUUGUGGUAUCCGCAACUGGAUAAAAAAAGUGCCAAGAUGAGUGGUAGAAUUAUAAUUCUUCCGAUUGAUUCCAGUCAUCACGCAGAAGAUGCUUUUGAUUGGUUUGUGAAGCAUAUUUAUAGACAAGGAGACAAGGUGCAUGUAGUUCAUUGCAAGGAUAUAUCUGUCCCAUCUUCCUUCUAUCUCCAGACAAGGGCCGAUGAACACACUAUAAGUAACUUAAUGAAAGAGGCCGAAAAACAGUCUGCUACCUUGACUCAAAAAUAUUCAACAAAAAUGAAAUCAUCAAAUGUUGUUGGUGCUGUUGAAACCAUAUUCUCCCAACGUCCUGGGGAGGGGAUUGCUAAGGCUGCCGAAGAAAAGGGAGCCGCAAUGGUCGUCAUGGGGAGCAGAGGACUAGGAUCAAUACGUCGCACAAUCCUUGGAAGUGUCUCUGAAUAUGUCAUACACCACGCCAAUUGUCCAGUAGUCAUAGUACCUAAGCGAUAAUUUAAUUGGUCAUUGCACAUUAUGUAUGAACAAGUGAUUUAACGACUGAACACUGUAACUUGAUCUAUACAAAGAAUUUGUGUCCACUUAAAUAAUGGGUAUCGAUAUGGAGAACUUUUUGAACACGCGUUUCUCUUAAACCAGUCAUCAAAACAUUCUGAAAAUUGUACACAUCGUCAAUUU